AAACUACCCGCCGAAACCGCAUUGCAGCAGCCACCUGCGACACCCUUCUUGCCCGGGCCUUCACGUCAUAUCCCAUUUACCAACACCAGGGCGCAUUAUCACCAAGCAAUCUCGACCGGUUGCUUAUACCUACCUCUACAACAACACACAGAUUUCACACAAUGGCUUCCCAACAAGAAUCCCGAAUGGAUCCGUCAGCAUUUGACAGCAUCCCCGACACCGUCGAGGCAUUCCGCAACGGCGAAUUCGUCGUAGUCCUCGACGACCCCGGCCGCGAAAACGAAGCCGACCUCAUCAUCGCCGCCGAAUCCGUCACCGCCCAACAAAUGGCCUUCAUGGUGCGCUACUCGUCCGGCCUCAUCUGCGCCCCCAUCCUGCCCCAGCGCACGCUCGACCUCGACCUGCCGCAAAUGGUCGGUCACAAUGAGGACCCGCGCGCGACUGCCUACACCAUCUCGGUCGACGCCGCCGACCCGUCCGUCACCACGGGCAUCAGCGCCCACGACCGUGCGCUGGUCUGCCGCGUGCUGGCGGAUGAAAAGACCAAGCCGGCGGAUCUGAGAAGACCGGGCCAUGUGUUCCCGCUGAGGGCGAGACCGGGCGGUGUGAGGCAGAGACGGGGACAUACCGAGGCGGCGAUUGAUUUGUGUAGGAUGGCGGGCAAGAAGCCGGCGGCGGUCAUUAGCGAGCUGGUGGAUGAUGGACGGGAGGUGGAGGGCCAGGCCGUUAGGGAGGAGCCGGGCAUGAUGAGGGGAGAGCAGUGCGUGGCGUUUGCGAGGAGGUGGGGGUUGAAGGUGUGCACCAUUGAGGAUAUGGUCAAGUAUCUGGAGGAGAAGGAGGGCAAGUUGGGUGAGCUCAAUGGUUCCUCGUGAGCUGCUUUACUUGGCUGAGUGUUACACGGUAAUUCACAAUGGAUUGGAACAGGCUACAUAUACCUCGGGGUCUUUUGAAUAACGGGAUUUUUGGUUAUACUGAA